AUGAAGGUAUUAUCACCCUUUUAACAACGUUUAGAAGCUUAAUGAGAUCAGGCAAUGCCCGAUCAGAAGAUAGGGACAGAUUAUUCAGAAGUGCUAGUGAAAAUGAUAAUAGAAAUGAUCUGGACGCCUCGUUCAGAUCAGUCCUCUCUAGUAGUCAGCUAGUCCCGCGUGAGGUAUUCAGAACCACACCCGCAAGAUGGUAUAUUCUCUUUACUCUUUGUUGGAUGGGUCUGAUACAAAACUUCAUCGGCAACACAUGGGGGCCAAUAACUGAGGUUAUGAAGAAAGUAUACUUUUGGAGUGACGAGAGAGUAAGUUUGUUGUCCCUGUGGACGCCAGUUUUCUUCGUCCCCGGAGCCCUCCUCUUCCCCUGGCUGAUGGCUGCUGCCAACAUGAGAUUCGUUAUGCUAGCUAACUCUUCUCUUCUUGCCUUCUCCGGUAUUAUCAAGAUUCUAUCAGUAACUGUGAUCCCCAUGAAGUACCUUAUCUACACUGCACACGUGACCCAGAUAAUUAACGGGCUCUGUGGAGCGGCCCCCUUCUCUUCCAUCAUGUACAUUUCAGUGAACUGGUUUCCAUUGAAAGAACAGUUGUUUGUAGCAGGAAUAAUAAUAUCAUGUGUGAACGUAGGUGUUGCAGUACCGUUCAUAUUGGGACCCAGUCUACUCCCUGAACCUAACUCUACAGACACAUCGCUAGUCUCGACGCUAGGACUUGUAACUGAUACAGCGGAGGACAUUGACUACUCAACAGGAUUAAGGUGGUAUUUGGUGAUCCAGGGAGCUUGUAUGAUACUAUGUUUGGUAUUUUCUGUCAUCUACUUCCCCUCUCGACCUCGUUAUGCACCCACCGCUUCCUCCGUUACAGCCAGGCUCGACAUCAAAGAGGGAGUGAAGAUUUUACUGAAACGUGGCAAUUUCUGGCUGGCCGUUCUCAUGUUCUCAUUAACAACCGGCACAUUCAACGGGUACGGUCUCACUUUAGACACGAUCGUAACAAAAUGUGGUAUUUCGCAAGCAGAGGCAGGAUACAUAGGUUUCGCAGCGCUGCUGUCUUGCGUUCCAGCAAAUCUUAUUAUUGGUGGCCUGGGCGGAAUGUUUCCCAGACGCAAGAAAAUAAUGACAAUAUUGUUCCUCGUGACAGGAACUAGUACAAUGACAGUGUUUGUAGCACAAUUAGAGAACUGGCUACCCCGUAACAUGACUGUAGUGUGGGUUACUGUUAUAGUUGGGGUUAUGUGUCUUACUGGAGCUGCACCACUGUUCUUUGACAUGAGCGCAGAAUCAAGUCAUCCAGUAAGUGAGGACCUGAGUUCGACAGUUAUGGUUCUGGGAAAUCAGCUGAUGUCUCUGUUUUUCAUUGCUCUUAUUCAGAUUCCUCAUUUAGUUGAUGAAGCACACAGAGAUAAGCUAAAUUACGUGCUGAUAGGCUCGUUCACUCUGUCCGUACUGUUCUCCACCCUGUACCGUCCUACUACCGUCAGGGAGCACAUGGACUCUAACUCUGUAACUGUGGACCAACUUGAUUACAGGAGCAUUCAGCAGGUGGAGAAUGCCGGCUACUCCAUUGAGGUGUCAUGUGAUUGAGAGAAUAAAAUGUGGAAUAUUGUGCAAUAUACAUCAUCCACAUUUUAUAUAUAGUACAGUGUGGACAACUUGCUUACAUAAACUAAGCGUAGAUGUUAACUGUUAAAAGACAAUUGUUGAGUUUGAAAUAAUGCUUGUUCAUUUGUUAGGACGUGUUAAUGUUAGUUUUUACGAGAUCAGAAGUUUUCAGUUGAUCCCUGCUGUCGGCAGGAUGUUUUGUAAAUGAUAAUGUCAAACCUGGAGGGUUUCUAUUUUUUAGUACUUUACUUUUUAUCUUUGUGUUUUGAAAUGUGAAAUGUUUUGUAGUAUAAACAUUUUUGUAAUAUAGAUUGUAAUGUUAGAUGUAUCUUAAACGAUGCUGGUUUUCGUUACAUCACUCAGAACAGUAUGAUACAUACUAUAGUCUAUAAAGACCUCGGCAUCGCCUCAAUGUAGAUUGUAGACAUAGCGAUAGUAAACUCGAACUUUUCCCUCGUGGCUCGUGGGAUUCACCUACUUUAUCGGACGUUAUUUUGGCAGACUUGAUUAUGAACUCAACAGUGAACAGUCGUAGAACGUUAACUUUGGCGGACAUUACGUCAGUGCUAAGCCCUCCCAAGUCCAACGCUCACGUUAUUAUUAUAUACUUUCUUCGUGAUGUAACUUUUUUCUCAGUUUAUCGUGUGAAAUAACUUCAGCUUUGUAACGAGAGAUUGUUAACGUUGAAUGGCGUGAUUGAUAUUUUUAAUCUUGGUAACGUGUAUUGAAAUGUUGAGAUAUGGACAAUUUUUCCGCUUAGGUCGAGGCAAUGUGAAUUAUGAAAUGAUGUAUUACUUAACAAGUUGUUUCAAGUGAUUUUACUGAAUCUGUAGUUUUUUCUUUUGAUUAUAGCAUGAGCUCAAAUC